AUGCGUCUCCUCCUGUUCUCUCUCCUCGAUUCAUACGAGCUACAGGUGCCAUUCUGGGAGUUGUUUAAUGCGCUUAUGGGUGAAGAAGUCAACAGCCCAAGAGGUGUCAUUGAUCUACUUGAAUCCAUCUCAAUUUCACUGAGACAGAAGAUCGAUACGGACUAUGGCUUUCUCCGAGAUUUUAUGAAGGGUCUGAAGGACGAUUUCUAUACACAGACAUGGCCUGCGCUUGUCAGACUUGCGCUAGAAAUGCCAUCACUCUUCCCAGAGCAUAGCCUAACGAUUCUCUCCCCCAAAAGCCCCCAAGUCGAGCUGUCCAGGCGGCAGACGGCUUACUUCCAUAUCUGGUAUAACUCAGAGCAACCAGCAGCUCUGUUCAUAUAUUUUGACCGGAUAACCAACAACGACGAUUACUCGCCUCUCGCACCUAACCCAGCUUCCUGGCCAAUACCCUACACCCUCCACACGAACCGGGGUCCCCUACCCACCGUGAAACAUAAGCUUUUGCCUCUGGAAGUUUUGGAGUUAUCAGCCGCAAGCACAUCACCGGAGGUCCUCGGGAUUCCAGAUGGCGCGUCGGUGAUCUCCGCAAACAAGUUCGUUGGGUUCGGCCGGACAGGCCGGUCCUCGCACAGGAGCCAUGGAGAACAUGGCAGCAUGUAG